AUGACUGACUUAGUUCGAGAAGCACCGCUAGGCCAAGCAAUUCGAUGGAUUACCGGUAAUCGACUUUUGCAAUAUCCCGAAGAGAGACCAGGAUUUGAGCUACCAACUCAAUAUCUCACUAAAUUCAACUCCGAGAAACGAAGGCAGUCAAUUCUCUCGCCAGUCAACAUGAAGACAUCGGGGCCAAACCUACAACGAAAUGACACCACUACAACCAGUUCAGGCGACAGUGAUCUGGAAGGAUUAGGGAUAUCCAAGACAAAAAGCCGAAUGGACACUCAGCCCUACAGCAGCGAGUGA